AAUUCAAAUUUCCCAUUUUCAUAUAAGCAUUAGUGUUUUCAAGCGACUUUCUCGGGAAAAAAAAACUAAAAGAAAGUAGAAAGCCAAUUAAGUGGGGAAGUGGUGUGAAAGAAAUGGAUUCAAUAGAAGACUGGGAUUUUCUGGAUUUUCAUUUCACCGAUGAAAGUACUUCUCAGGAUUUACUUUUUCACAAUUACAGUAGCGGUAGAGAAAUUGAAUUCUCACCUGGAACUGUUGGGCAUCAAGGAAACGAAUUCGUCGAUGGAGAUUGCACUCGCAAGAGGGGACGCAGUGAAUCUUGCAGCAGGUCAGGUGCAAAGGCAUGCCGCGAGAAAUUGAGACGGGAGAGAUUGAACGAAAGGUUUCUGGAUCUAAGCUCUAUUUUGGAACCUGGGAGACCUUCCAGGACUGACAAAUCGGCGAUUCUUGAUGAUGCCAUCCGAGUUCUGACCCAACUAAGAACUGAGGCUCAGGAGCUCAAAGAAACAAAUGAAAAGCUACUGGAGGAAAUAAAAAGUUUAAAGGCCAAGAAGAAUGAACUCCGAGAAGAUAAGCUUGUACUGAAGGCAAAUAAAGAAAGGAUAGAGCAGCAGCUGAAAACGAUGACCGUUCCACCAACCGGGUAUGUUCCUGCUCAUCUAGCCCCAUAUCAUCCCGGGACAAACAAGAUGGCCAUUUUUCCCAGUUACGGUUUGGUCCCGAUGUGGCAAUAUUUACCUCCAUCGGUACGAGAUACAUCUCAAGAUCACGAGCUUAGGCCCCCUGCAGCAUAGUAUUGUUUUGCUUUGUUUUAUUUCCGAGUAUCCUCUGCGGUUGUGGCCGUGUUUGAUCUGUAAAUAUUUACCUAGUUAUUCUCGAGUAACGUAGGUUAUGCUAUUUUUCCGUUGGUUUGUAUUAUUUCAUGAGAUUAUGGUGAAGAAUUUAUGA